UUGCUCUAGGGACUGCUCCGCGGGCCCCCAGCAUGACUCCGAGCCCCGCGCGGUGUCCUGGGAACAGCCUAGCCCAGCUCCCGACGUCCACCUCCACUUCCAGCAGGAAGUCAUUACGCGACUGACACAUUUUCAUCAGAUUUCCUCUGAUUUACCGUGAAGUGUAUGUGAGAAUGAUGUGCACUGCCAAGAAAUGUGGAAUUAGGUUCCAGCCUCCGGCUGUUAUCUUAAUCUAUGAGAAUGAAAUGAAGGGGAAAAGUCGCCAGCGCAUCAUGCCAGUCCGAAACUUUUCAAAGUAUUCAGAUUGCAGCAGAGCUGCUGAACAAUUAAAGAAUAAUCCACGACACAAGGGUUACCUGGAACAGGUAUCCCUGAAGCAACUAGAGAAGUUAUUCAGUUUUUUACGAGGUUACUUGUGGGGGCAGAGUUUGGCAGAAACAAUGGAACAAAUUCAGCGGGAAACAACCAUUGAUCCUGAGGAAGACCUGAACAAACUAGAUGACAAGGAACUUGCCAAAAGGAAGAGCAUCAUGGAUGAACUUUUUGAGAAAAAUCAGAAGAAGAAGGAUGAUCCAAAUUUUGUUUAUGACAUUGAAGUGGAGUUCCCACAGGACGAACAACUACAGUCCUGUGGCUGGGACACAGAGUCAGCUGACGAGUCCUGAUAACCAAAAACUAAAAAAAAAAUUAUCAGGUAGUAGAAAAUCCAUGUUUAUACAAGACCAUAGAUUGGUUGUAGAAAAAUCUGUAAAGAACACUAUGCAUAUUGGUUCACGUUUGGAUUGACCAUGUUACUUUU